CUCCGCACGAGUAGACCGCACGCUACGCGCUCGCACGCCUCGCGCACGCGCCGUGCGACGAUCGCGAACCACCCAGCAAAACAUUACAAAAAUCGCACCACCCGCUUUACGGACGAAAAGUGACAGUGACGUUUCGGGGGGAACCGGUGACAGACGCGAAUGUUGUGAUCGAAAAUAUUUGUUUGUAAAAAAUUUUAGUGUUGUGAUAAAAACGGAGGAUUCGUGUGACGAUCGAUCGUGUUCAGUGCAGUGUGAUCGGAAGUAUGGAUGGUCUGUCGGGUGGUUAGCGCGAUGAUGCGCAAGACUGGCGCGGCCGGCGGGCCGGAGCUGGCGCUGGACGCCGCGGACUGCAUGAGCCUGCAGCAGAUCCUGCAGGCCUUCAACUCCACCAUCAGCGAGGAGCACGCCUGGGCGCUGUUCCACCAGGCGGCGCGCUGCUUCCAGAAGUGCCUGUCCGAGGGCGCCACCUGUUACGCGGCCACGGAGCCGCGCCACGUCGUGCUGCACAAGGACGGCAGCGUCCACCCGAGCACGCUGCUGCAUCCAGGAGAUGAUAGCAGCAGAGAAGAAGUUACUUCGGAGCAACAGUUGGUGGUGAACCUGGCGCUGGUGAUCUACCAUGCGCUGGACUACCAGCACGCCGAGGACGAGGAGCGGCUCAUCUCGCCCGACCUCGAGGGGCUCAUCACCGAGAUGACGGCGUGUGAUGUCGCCGACGAUGACGAAGAGUGCGGAGUGCUCUCGGAGGGCUCGGAGACGUCGGAGGGCGGCCGCGCCGACACCGACGAUGAGGGCAUCGAGCGGGACGCGGAGCCCGCGCCGCGGCGCCGGCGCAGGCGGCGGCGGUUCAUGCUCAGAGACGUCAUAGAGCGAUGCGUGUGGCACUGCGGCGGCGGCGGCCGCAGCGUGAGAGAAGCGGCGGCGAUGCACUACCGCGCCGUGUGUCGCGCGCUCGUCGCCGAGGCUUUGGAGUUGGCGUCGUUUCUCGCCAGGGUGCGAGUGGGCGGUGCCAGGGACCUAGGGGCUGCCGAAGACUCCGCAACACAUCUGGACACGCUGAAGUUCUCUGACUGGUCGAACCGAAGGAUUUGGAGAGCUCUACAAGCGCGGUUUUGGAUGCAAGUGAUCGGAGAACUGAGGAUGGGUGUAAAAUUAAAGAAAGUAAAUUAUUCAAGGACUCCAAUAGAAUAUGAACUGACCCCGUACGAAAUUUUAAUGGAUGAUAUCAGAUCUAGAAGAUACACACUGAGGAAGGUGGAUGGGGCGAUACCUCAAAACGUGAAGAAAGACGCACAUGCCAUGAUACUCGAAUUUAUUAGAAGUAGACCGCCACUAAAAAAGGCAUCAGAACGAAAACUACCACCACCACGGCGGGAGACCACGCCAAGAGAACAGCUGCUCGCCUCGAUACAGGUCGGCCGGACGCUGAGGCCGACGCCGUACUCGAGAAGAUUAUCAACGAGCGGGUCCGGCAGCGGGCCUGGAGGGGGCGAGGCGCGGCGCGGGGGUGACGUCACGCCGCACGCGCAGCCUCAGAGGCGGCUCAUCAAAGUCGACUUCGACAACCUUGAGGAUGACGAGGACGACGAUGACACCGAGACCUGCGCAAGCCCAGAAGUCCUCGCACCCCAGCCCUUUCCGAGGCACACGGCGCCUCAGCAACCCGCACCUAAGCCUUGGAAGAGAACCGCAUACGACCUGGCGACGCAAUGCCCUUCCCGUCGCGCCUCCAUGCGUCGGCACACCGUCACGCACGCGGCCUGUCCUCCCACCGACGGCGCUCAUUCGCUGCCGCACUCAAGGCCAGGCUCCCGCGCGUCGUGCGCCGGCGCAGCGUCGCUCGCUAGCAGCGACGCGGACGCGCAGCUCGGCGAACUUUCGUGGUCGCGCUCGUCGUUACAAGACGAGCUCAUCAAGUCGGUUAGUGGCAGCCCCACGCACGGCUCGCAUAAGCAAUGGCAAGACGCGAUCAUGUCGGACGACCGGCUGUCGUUGACCCUGGAGGAGAUCGUCCACAUCAGGUCGGUGCUCACCAAGGCCGAGCUGGAGGUGCUGCCUGUCGAGGGCAGGGUCAAGGAAGACGUGGAGAAGAGGAGGGUAUGCUUCCUAUGUUUGAAGACUAGAUUCGGCAUUUUUGGCCCCUGGGGUCAGAAGUGCAAGCUAUGCAAAAAGACUGUCUGUCAAAAGUGUUGUUCAAAGAUGCGGAUACCGACGGAGCAUUUCGCGCACGUGCCAGUGGUUCUGCUGAGCCCGUCGCUGCUCCCGUCGCCGGAGGACGAGCACUCCUCAUUUCCAAGGAGCCUCAUGUCCCGUUUGGUCUCGCCCGAGCACACGAGCAUGGUCGAGAACAGCGUGGGCAGCGCGCCCAACAGCCCGAGCAGCGCGCGGCGGCACGCGUCCCACGCGCACAGCGCGCCGGGAUCGCGCGGCGGGUCUGCGCUCGGGUUCUGUGAACCCGCUCACGCUGCUGCCAUGUCCCGCAGCAUUGAUGGGCCUGGGAGCAUGCCGUUGCAUCUGGCGCCUGUGGACCGCAGCCGAUCGCGAUACAGUCGAACCACCCCCGGCGUGUCAGCAGCGGAGCGGCUUCGCGGCGUGCAGAUGGCGGUGUGCCACGACUGCAAGGCCAUGGUGCUGCAGAUCAUCAAGAGCUCCCGUGCUGCCCGCUCGGCUUCCCGCGACCGUGCUCUCAGACAUCUCACGCUGGACCUGGCACCUGUAUAUACGGCUGACUGCUGAACGCUGUUAGGGAACCAUUAUACGCCUGUUCUACAGCCUAAGCUCUUAAGGACUGUUGGUCGAGCGCUCGUUUGGGACUUAAAAAGCUAGUGUUCUUCUCCGAAUCCUCUGCGACCUUGCGCUCUGACAUCUCACGCUGGACCUGGCACCUGUAUACACGGCUGACUGCUGAACGCUGUUAGGGAACCAUUAUACGCCUGUUCUACAGCCUAAGCUCUUAAGGACUGUUGGUCGAGCGCUCGUUUGGGACUCAAAAAGCUAGUGUUCUUCUCGGAAUCCUCUGCGACCUUGCGCUUUGACAUCUCACGCUGGACCUGGCGCCUGUGUACACGGCUGACUGCUGAACGCUGUUAGGGAACCAUUAUACGCCUGUUCUACAGCCUAAAGCUCUUAGGGACUGGCGUCGGUAUACACGGCUGUUUGUUGAACGCACGAUUUCUACAGCCUAAGCUCUUAGAAUCUGUUGGUCGAGCGCUCGUUUGGGACCCAAAAAGCUAUAGUGUUCGGAACCAUUUACGCCAGUUCUACAGCCUAAGCUCUUGGUUGAGCGCUCGUUUGGGACU